GCGGGGGAGGGGCCCGCGAGGGGUGGGGGCGUCGGUGCCGGGAGCGCGCUCGGCCUUGGUCCGCUGCCGCCGCCGGCCGGGGGAGCACCUGCCGGUGUGGGCCGCGGGCGGGGUGCCGGGUUAGAGCCGGCAGCCGCGCGCGCCUCGUCCUCGCGCUCCGCGGCCCCAGCGCCGCGCUGUGGGGACGGCACACCCCGCCAUACGCCUGGUUCCUGCGAUUGUUGGAGAUGCUCCUUCGGGGGAGUGAGCCGCGUCUCUGUCCGGUGCUGUCUACACCCGGGGUGCUCGAGCUCGCCGCCCGGGACCGAGUCGCGCGCUCCCAGCGCAACCGCGGACGCCCCGGGGGUGCCCUUUAACGGCGCGAGGAGGACGCCCGGAGCAGGGUGAGGGGGUUCGGAGACCUAGAGCGCGGGCGCGGCGCCCCCUCAGAGCCCUCCCGCGGCGCCGCCAUCGCGUGAUGUUGUCCGGGCUGUGCGUGACGGAAACCGUCAGUGUGCGGGUUUGGAGGAGCCGGCAGUUCACGGCCUGGAACCCCGACAGGGGCCGUACCGAGGGCUGGCCGCCGUGUGAUGCUUCCGUGUCGCCCCUGUGGUGUCGAGCGCCUUCCGGGCACGAGACAGCCCCGACGGGCGCCCGGGGACCCUCUGAGCCCGCCUCCGCGCUGCUCCGGACGCGGCUUCAGAUCACUGCCAUCCCCGCGCGCGGCGUAACCCGAGACGAGCGUGGCUGUUGUUGCUGUUGUAGUUUGUUUGAUGGAGCGAGCGGGCGCAGAUUAAAGAAUGGCAAACUCCUUUGCAUCAAAGACCUUCACCACACUUUCAGAUCUGCAUCCGAAUAUGGCUAAUCUGAAAAUAAUUGGUAUAGUUAUUGGGAAAACAGAUGUCAAAGGCUUUCCAGACAGAAAAAAUAUUGGAUCAGAGAGAUACACUUUCAGUUUCACCAUUCGGGACUCACCAACGCAUUUUGUCAAUGUGACAUCCUGGGGCAGCGAAGGUUACAUCAGGUCACUUUCUGACAGCUUUAGGGUUGGAGAGUGCGUGAUAAUCGAAAAUCCCUUGAUUCAAAGAAAGGAAUUAGAAAGAGAAGAAAAAUUCAGCCCUGCAACUCCCAGCAGCUGUAAGCUAUUGCUCAGUGAGAAUCACUCCACGGUAAAAGUUUGUUCCAGUUACCAAGUGGACACCAAGCUCCUUGCUCUGAUAUACUUACCUGUCAAGGAGUCUCAUGAUUUUUAUUCACUGGGUGACAUUGUUGCAAAUGGAUGCAGUCUGGAUGGGAGGAUUAUUAACGUGCUUGCAGCAGUGCGGUCGGUUGGAGAGCCAAAACACUUUACAACUUCAGACCGGAGGAAAGGCCAGAGGUGUGAGGUGAAGCUCUAUGAUGAGACAGAGUCUUCUUUUGCAAUGAUAUGUUGGGAUAAUGAAUCUAUCCUGGUUGCACAGAGCUGGGUGCCACGAGACACAGUGAUAUUUGCCUCAGAUGUAAGAAUAAGUUUUGACAAAUUUCGGAACUGCAUGACGGCAACUGUAAUCUCAAAAACCAUUAUUACGACUAAUCCAGAUACCCCAGAAGCUAACAUCCUGUUGAAUUUUAUAAGAGAAAAUAAAGAAACAAAUCCUCUGGAUGCUGAAAUGGACAGUUACUUGAGAGAAUCUGUAAAUUUAAAUACAAUAGUUGAUGUCUACACAGUUGAGCAAUUAAAGGUAAAAGCUUCGAAGAACGAAGGGAAGGCUGACCCUUUCUAUGGCAUUCUUUAUGCUUACAUUUCUAUGCUGAAUAUUGAUGAUGACGCCACGACAGUAGUUCGACACCAAUGCUCAGGCUGUGGUUAUGUUGUAAAUGAAACAUCCAGCACUUGUACUGCUUGCAACAAAAAUUCUUUGGAAUUUCGGUCUGUUUUUCUCAGCUUCCACUUGUUGAUUGACCUCACGGACCACACAGGUACCCUCCAGGCCUGCAGUCUCACAGGACGGGUUGCUGAGGAGACUUUAGGCUGCACCGUGAAUGAGUUUCUUGCAAUGACGGAUGAACAGAAAACAGCACUGAAGUGGCAAUUUCUUCUGGAAAGAAGCAAAAUUUAUUUAAAAUUUUUUUCAUCACACAGAGCGAGGGGCGGAUUGAGACUUAGUGUGCUCUCAUGUAAGCUGGCAGACCCUGUUGAGGCAAGUAGAAGCUUGUCUGGGCAAGGAAAAUUUUAAAACAAGAUACUUUAAACUCUGGACAAGAAUAUGAGUUUCCAUUCUCUUGAGAGUGGAAAUGGGUUUGAAAACUAUGGAUAAAAUUGUAUUUUGUUCAAAGGUGGUAAAAAUGUUUCUAUAAAUUGUUAUUAUGUAUCCUUCUGGAGCUGGUUAGGGGGUAAGUCUUAAAAUCUCUCAUCCACCCCAGCUCCUUUCUUAGAAGGCCUUUUGGCUGAUUUUGCCCUUUCUUCCCAAGUUGAAAAAUGUGUGCAGGAAUUAAUAAACAUGUUCAAUCUUCCCCCACAGAUAUCAGUGAUUUCUUAAGCCCAUUUCCUCUUUGUCUUACUUCCCUGGAGAAAGAUCAGAACCUCCUAGAAUGACCUUCCUGGAGCUUGGUGGUGGCUGAGACUGCCUUCCAGGAACUGCUGGGACACCGGCAAGGGCUUCUUGGCGGCUCAGGGUGGGAACAGCGGAAGCCCAAGGCCGCAGGCAGUGCUGGGCAGCAGCUUUGAACCCUGAAGAGCUUCUCUGAGCUUUGCCUUCUCUGAUGACACAUGUGGCGGCCCAGCAUUUGUGAAGACUGGCUGCCAUAGGGGUGAGAUGUGUGAGUCUGAAUCAUCUGGGAGGAGACCAGCCUCAAAAGAUCUCAGAGUGGCGCCAGUCUGGGACCUGGAAGGGCAGGGCUGCUCCAACAGGACGCCGGCCCCAGCCUCCCUGCACCACACGGGUCCUGGCUGUACCCUGGAGCACUGUGUCAGCCCCACACCGUGGU